AAAGUUUUAUCAGUCACACGUAAGCCCCGCCCACUCAGUUUCACCUGAUCCAGGAAGGAGUAAAGAAGAAAAAAAACACUGAUUUUGAUGUACUCCGACUGUUUCAGCUCCAGCUGAGGAUUUGUAGUUUCAGACGCUGGCAGCAGCAGGUUUGUCUUGUCCAGAUGUGAAGUGAGAUUUUCAACCCUCACGUCAUGUUUUCACCUGAGAAUCACCACCUGUCACAAACGCUCCUUGCGGUCCUGCUGCUUGCCGGCUGCACAGCACCUGGAGCACCUGGAGGCUCAGAAGCUGUGUCCCAGGUGCAGCUGGACUCUGUCUCCUCCAGCAGGGUUAUCAUGGUGCAGGAGGGAUCCAGCGCGCUCAUUGAAUGUAACGUGACAGAAGAGCAGGAUGGUGUGAUGUGGUACAACUCCAGGGGACCUCUGGUGGGCGAUGAUGCAGGUGGGAAGUGGCAGAUCCAAGGAAAUGGUGUCCUAAACAUUUCCGUGGUCUCUUUCGAGGAUCGCGGCCGCUACACCUGCGUCGCCUCAAGCAGCGUGGGUCCCCCCAGGAACUACACGGUGACCCUGCGUGUUGCCUACACCUACAGUGGCCAGGGGGUGUACUUUGUCAUCGUGUGUUUGGUGGCCUUCACCAUCACCAUGAUCCUUAACGUGGCACGCCUGUGCAUGGUCAGCAGCCACCUCAAGGAGACGGAGAGGGUAAUCGAGGAGUUCUUCCGCACCGAAGGAGCAGAGAAGCUGCAGAGGGCAUUUGAGGUAGCCAAACAGAUCCCCAUCAUCACCUCAGCUAAGACGCUGGAGCUCGCCAAAGUCACGCAGUUUAAGACCAUGGAGUUUGCUCGGCACAUGGAGGAGCUGGCGCACAGCAUCCCUCUGCCGCCGCUCAUCCUCAACUGCAGAAUGUCGUCAGAGGAGGCGGCCGAUCCAGAGUCCGACCCUGCAGAGCCAGAGGGGUCGUCUGGGAGCAGGCAGGUGUCAGUCCUGAGUCGCUCCAGAGCCGAAGAUGAGGAGGCGUUUAAGGUGUUGCUGUCAAGCAAUCCACAAGGGAAUGAUGAAGACGACGAUGUCGACGGGUCCCAGCUGCAGAUAUCUGUAAACUAGCAGUAAAAGGAGAUGGAGACUUUGUGGCACUGUCCGGGGACCAGAGUCAAAGCUACACUGUAAAAAUGAAGACGAGCCUUCUGAGCGCCAUCCGCUCACAAGUCGGCGCUCCGCUGCUGGUGAACAUGAAUGAAAGAGCAGAAGGCUGAAGCACGCGCGUGAGAAAAAGGUUUACUAGUGGUGUAAAAAUAACGGUGUCUUUGUCAGAGUAACCUACACUGUAAAUACUGGAGAGUUGAAUCUGAUGACACUUAUCUAAUAGUUUUUUUCUUUCUCUUUGAACAACAAAGGUGUUUUUUAAACAAGGCGAGCUUUGCCAAAAAGGAAAAGUUAAAUGGAUGAGCAGGUUUCAGGUUUUAGUUUUCCAGCUUUUCCAGACGGGAGAAAGCGUCGGCUACGGCUGUGAAGCUCAGUCUGGACUUUCCUACAGUUUCAUGCUGUGUCUCGAAGAAUCAACAAACCCGUUUCACCUCUCUAAUGAGUUUAAUGACAUCUCAUAAAGUUUCAAAGUGUGUAUUUUGUCAGAAAUGACUCAAAAUUCAAUUUUCUCAAGUCCUGAAUCAUCAUGAGGCUGAAGCUUCUUAUGUCUGAGUCUAUUUACAUAUUUAGUAAAUAAAAUGCAGAUUGAGUGA